GGUCACACUGCCGAAGAUUUCUUUGGAGCAACAAUUUCCUCAAAUUUUAUUGAACAUCGAAAAGUCUUCGUGAUCAGAUCUUUAAUUGCGACUUAACAAAUACAAUUGAUUGACUUGCACUUUAGUGUAGCUCCAACAAUAAAAUUAGUCCAAAAACAGUGUUAAAUUCUGUGAACAUUUUGUAAUUCCUGCGACGCAGUUUCAAGUGACUCUCUAACUCUUCAAAAUGCGCGCAGCUGUUUUACUGCCGCUUUUGGCCCUGCUGGCGGGGGCCCACGCUGUUUCCUUUGCCGAAUCGAUCACGGAGGAAUUUCGCGCUUUCAAGUUGGAGCACCGAAAGCACUACAAGGGUGAAACCGAGGAAAGCUUCCGCCUCAAGAUCUUCAAUGAGAACAAGCACAAGAUUGCCAAGCACAACCAGCAAUUUGCCAAAGGAAAGGUGAGCUUCAAAAUGGCGGUCAACAAGUACGCCGAUAUGCUGCACCACGAAUUUCGCCAGCUGAUGAACGGCUUCAACUACACCCUGCAAAAGGAGCUGCGUUCUGCCGAUGAGAGCUUCAAGGGCGUUACCUUCAUCUCGCCGGCUCACGUGACCCUGCCCAAAUCUGUGGACUGGCGCACAAAGGGCGCUGUUACUGCAGUCAAGGAUCAGGGACACUGCGGCAGUUGCUGGGCCUUUUCCAGCACGGGCGCUCUUGAGGGCCAGCAUUACCGCAAAUCUGGAGUGCUGGUCUCACUGUCCGAGCAGAAUCUGGUCGAUUGCUCCACCAAGUAUGGUAACAACGGAUGCAAUGGCGGUCUUAUGGAUAACGCCUUCCGCUACAUUAAGGACAAUGGUGGUGUUGACACCGAGAAAUCCUAUCCCUAUGAAGCCAUCGAUGAUUCCUGCCACUUCAAAAAGGACACAAUCGGAGCCACCGAUCGCGGCUUUGUCGACAUCCCCCAGGGGGAUGAGAAGAAGUUAGCUGAGGCUGUGUCGACGAUUGGUCCCGUUUCCGUGGCCAUUGAUGCUUCGCACGAAUCAUUCCAGUUUUACUCGGAGGGCGUCUAUGACGAGCCCCAAUGCGAUGCCCAGAACUUGGACCACGGUGUCCUCACUGUUGGCUUCGGCACUGAUGAGUCUGGCGCUGACUACUGGCUGGUGAAGAACUCAUGGGGAACAACCUGGGGCGACCAAGGCUUCAUUAAGAUGACGCGCAACAAGGAAAACCAGUGCGGCAUUGCCACCUCCGCCAGCUAUCCCCUGGUCUAAUCUAGAACUGAUUGAUUUUAGCCACAGCUUUCAUAUUUAAUGAUUUGUAAAGAAAAAAAAACAUACCAACGCAAGUAUCUCAAAAAGAAUUCUCUUGCUUUAAUGAUUUGUAUUCGUAAUGGGCCCAUUGUAUAUCUGUCAUCACAUACGAUUUAGAUGAACAACUAAUCUGUUGAUGUUUGUAGAAAAAUAAAUAAAAAAUAUAUAAUUUUUA